AUGUUUUUCAACAAGGAUCCGCAAGCACCCCCACUGGCAAAGGCACACCAGGUUUCCGAGCCAGCCCCAAGUCCUGCAGUUGCAAAGGCACCCCAAGCUUCUGAGCCAGCCCCAAGUCCUGCAGUUGCAAAGGCACCCCAAGCUUCUGAGCCACCCCAAGCAGCAUCGUCCACAGAGUCCCCAGGCACUGCAUCAACAACAGCGGCUCCAUUGCCCAAUGAACUCUCCAAGGCAGUUGAUGAUGUCGCCAACAAAACCACAGAUCUCAACAAGGCGACAUCAGCCACGAACCGAAAGGAGUACAUGAAAUUCCUUCGGCAGGCCAACAAUCCUGCAAUUAUGCCCAAGGCCCUCAUUCCCACCUUCACUUCGGGAGAGAAAUUGGAUCUCUUCAGGAUCUGGCUCCAGAAGGGGCAGGAUUUCAGUGCUGUUGAAGUAGAAGUGAACAGGAGGAAUUCACAGAAGAAGACAGCGCUGGCGAGAGACCGAUGUCUUAGCCGAGCUGAUUUGUUGGCAACAGGGAGAUAUUCGGAGAGGGACGUCCAGGAGCUGAUAGAGAGAAAGACGGCACUGGGAGAAUGGAUCCCCGAUCCCAAUUUCCCCCAGAGAGAGGAUCUCAGACAGUACAAAGUCAACACAGACGUGGCAUCAGAGGUUGCGCACACCCGAGAAGACAGUCAGAGCAUCAAUGCCACCACAUCUGUAAGUGCAACCGAAGCAUUGACACUUACAGAGGACGGAGCAGAUUUCAGCGAGGGAGCAGCACCCACCAUCCAUGAUGCCCUGAGGAUGCCCCAGCUCAGUUUGGGUUCCACAAGUGGGGGGACAGGGGAUGAAGUGGGAAAGGGCAAAGGUAAGGGCAAAGGAAAAAAUGAGAAUGGGGAUGGGGAUGCAAACACCGAGUCAAAGCCCGACAAGGUCUUGAGCCCCCUGGAUAAGGCCAAACUUCUGAGGAAGUCUGUGUUGAAGGAAGCAGAAGAAGCCCGCACCUUGUGCAUCGCGAUCGAGGGAGUUGAGAUGUCAGGGGAGUUGGUCAAGGCAUUGACUACCCAUUCUGAUGCCAUGACCGGGUUGUACAGGGAGUUGAAUCAACUCGUCACCCAGGAAUGCGACGAUAUGGCCAAGUAUGAUCCUAUUUUCCAGCAGGCCACCAUUUGCCAGAACUGGUUUAGAUCCAGGAAGCGUGUGGCCAAUACCAUGAAGUUUCCUUUUGCAGUGAUCCCUAUGAGACUACUUCCCACCAAAGAUCUUCGGGCAAAAGCAAAUAGAGUUAUCGUGGAAGUUGAGCUUCCUAUUAUCCCUCGAUUGCAGCAGCUUGGGGUGCGCAGUCUGGGUGCCCUACAGGGUGUUGACAUCUUCAACCCCAUGGGUCACAACCUGCAAAGUCGUGGUGACACACUGAUGAACCUUCUGGGAUUGGCCUUCAGGCAUUCGUGGUGCCAUAUAAUCUUUGACUUCCUGGUUUCAGAUGAGAACUGCAGAAACCACAAGACAUUGGCCGAAGAGGACAUGCUUGGUAAGAUCACAAAAUUGGCAUCUGCCGUUCAUGGUGGUACUGUUUGUCAAAGGUUCUUUGAAAGGUUCCGGCUGUUCAUGGGAAUGCAUUGGGAAAAACUCAGUGCGCUUCCACCAGCGGAUGUUGAACAACUAUAG